UUUGGACACAGUGUGGGCAGUGCUCACGUUUGUCCACAGAGAAAUGAGAAUAACAUGUCUUUCAGGAAGUGUUCUCCAUCCGGCUUUGUUGGAAUAUGAAGUCUUGUUGCUGUUUUCUUUUUUCUGAAAUACACCUGACACCACAGUAUAAAAGGUCAAGGGACAGGCAGUCUGUAUACUUGGGUGGAAGCUUCUGGGGUGUAUGGUAAAGUGUAUGUUGCUCAGAAGUAUCUGUUGUAUGCCUAGGCUUUACUUAGAAAUAUGAGGCAUCCUGAUUGCUUUGCUUUGCCCUCUCUAAUUUCUUGUAGGUUUUUAGGGAAAACUAUUGCGUAUUGAGUUACUGUGGUGGCAGAAGGUAGUGGUGAAAUCAUAGACAUUAUUUUAAGCCUUGAAAUCAAUCCCUCAAUCCCUCUCUAUAUUUGGAGUUAUAGCAUGGGACAACAUGGUUUCUUUUCGGCGUCUUUAUAGAUACGAGAGUACUUACCAUAAUUUCUGCCUCAUUCCCACAUAGCCAGUUGAACUCCCACCGUUUCCCUUUUCUCUCCUGGGGUGCCAGUGUUCCAGCACAGAUUACACACUGUGUUGAUUGGGGUCAUCCAUUCCUGGUGUAUGACUUGAGCUGAGCGCUCACUUCUCACAGGCAAGACCUCUUGCUCAUCCAGUUGACUGUACUACAGAACGACCUGUUGCUGACAAUGAGCGAAUGUUUGAUGUUCUGCAACGGUUUGGAAGUCAGAGAAAUGAAGUCCGUUUCUUUCUUCGUCAUGAAUGUGCCCCUAGCAGGGACAUUGUGAGUGGACCAAGGUCUCAGGAUCCAAGUUUAAAAAGAAAUGGUGUGGAAGUUCCUGGUGAUCAUCGGAGGAAGGGGAACGGAGUUAGUAAUCCUAGGAUGGAUUUGACCCUUGCUGAACUUCAGGAAAUGGCAUCUCGCCAGCAACAGCAGAUUGAGGCCCAGCAACAAAUGCUGGCUACUAAGGAGCAGCGCUUAAAGUUUUUGAAACAGCAAGAUCAGCGUCAAAAGCAACAAGCUGCUGAGCAGGAAAAGCUUAAGAGGCUAAAAGAAAUAGCUGAGAAUCAGGAAGCUAAGCUAAAAAAAGUGAGAGCAAUUAAAGGACACGUGGAACAGAAGAGGCUAAGCAAUGGGAAACUUGUGGAAGAGAUUGAACAGAUGAAUAGUUUGUUCCAGCAAAAACAGAGGGAGCUCGUUCUAGCUGUGUCAAAAGUAGAGGAACUUUCAAGACAGCUUGAGAUGCUCAAAAAUGGCAGGAUUGAUGGCCAUCACGACAGCCAGUCUGCAGUGGCUGAGCUCGAUCGGCUCUACAAGGAGCUGCAGUUGAGAAACAAGCUGAAUCAAGAGCAAAAUGCCAAGCUGCAGCAACAGAGGGAGUGUUUGAAUAAGCGCAAUUCAGAAGUGGCAGUCAUGGAUAAGCGUGUCAAUGAGCUGAGGGACCGGCUGUGGAAGAAGAAGGCGGCCCUACAACAAAAAGAGAACCUUCUGGUCUCAGCUGAUGGAAAUCCACCCCAGCAAGGGGGGUCGACGCCUAGCCGCGUAGCUGCAGUCGGUCCCUAUAUCCAGUCAGCUACUAUGCCCCGGAUGCCCUCUAGGCCUGAACUUGUGGUGAAGCCAGCUCUGCCGGAUGGCUCCCUGGCCAUACAGGUGUCGGAGGGGCCGAUGAAAGUACAGACACUGCCCAGCAUGAGGUCGGGGGCUGCUUCACAAAUUAAAGCCUCUAAAAUCCAUCUGCUUGGCCCUGAGUGGAGUCCUCCAAAUGCAAAUCCUUUCCCGGACCAAGCCUCUGCUCCUGUCCCUAAAAGCUUUGGGAACGCUCCAGACCAAGCUGAUGAAGGGGAGGUUCCGCUGAGGGAGAAGGAGAAGAAGGUGCGUCCCUUUUCCAUGUUCGAUGCGGUGGACCAGGCUGCUGUCCCGCCCUUCUUUGGCGUGCUGAGGAAAAACCAGAGCAGUGAAGAUAUCUUGCGGGAUGCUCAGGCUGCAAAUAAAAAUGUGGCUAAAGUACCACCUCCUGUUCCAUCAAAACCAAAACAGAUUAAUUUGCCUUAUUUUGGACAGCCCAGUCAGUCACCAUCAGACAUUAAGCCAGAUGGAAAUUUUCAGCAGUUGUCAACAGCUGUUGUGUCCACGGGAAGUAAACCAAAAACUGUAGGGCAGCAGUGGGUCCUGCUAUCCCCUGGUGCUCCCUCGGUUGGCCAAGACCUAGCUCUUCCUCCAGGUUCUAAGCAAGAAAGUCCCCCUGCAGCCGCUGUCCGGCCCUUCACCCCUCAGCCUUGCAAAGACACUCUACUGCCUCCCUUCAGAAAGCCCCAGACUGUGGCAGCAAGCUCAAUAUACUCCAUGUAUACACAGCAUCAGGCUCCUGGGAAGAGCCUCCAGCAGCCAGCACAGAGCGCGUCCACCAGAACCCAUUCCAGAGGGCUGCCCUUCUCCAGUGUGUACGGCAAGCCUGUGAUUGCUUCCGCCCAGAGCCAGCAGCACCCUGAGAACAUUUACUCCAGUGCCCAGGGCAGGCCUGGCAGUCCGGGGCCUGAAACAGAGCCUCUUCCUUCCGCUCCAGAGAACCACGAGAAUGAGAGAAUUCCUCGGCCACUCAGCCCAACCAAAUUACUGCCUUUCUUAUCUAAUCCUUACCGAAACCAGAGCGACGCUGACUUAGAAGCCCUACGAAAGAAACUGUCUAAUGCACCACGGCCACUCAAGAAACGUAGCUCUAUUACAGAGCCAGAAGGUCCUAAUGGGCCGAAUAUUCAGAAACUCUUGUACCAGAGGACCACCAUAGCUGCCAUGGAGACCAUCUCUGUCCCAUCAUACCCAUCCAAGUCGACCUCAGUGACUGCCAGCUCAGACAGCCCAAUGGAAAUCCAGAAUCCAUAUUUACAUGUGGAGCUGGAGAAGGAGGUGGUCUCUCUGGUUCCUGAGCCAGUGUCCCCAGAGGAAGUAGGGAGUGCCAGUGCAGAGAAUGGGGACAUGCCGACUCCUCCAGGCCUUGACUAUGUGCCUGAAGGCAUCGCAGACAGCAGCCCACAUUUCCAGAACAGCAUGGGAGAGCCAAAUCCAGAGGCUCCCCAUCUGCUUGACGUAUACCUGGAGGAGUACCCUCCCUACCCACCCCCUCCAUACCCAUCUGGGGACCCAGAAGGACUGGGAGACGACUCUGUGAGCAUGUGCCCACCUGAGAUCACUGGGCAGGGGGCCCUGCCUCCUGGCAAAAGGACAAACUUGCGUAAAACUGGUUCGGAGCGCAUUGCUCAUGGGAUGAGGGUGAAAUUCAACCCCCUUGCUUUACUUCUGGAUUCUUCUUUGGAGGGAGAAUUUGACCUUGUACAGAGAAUUAUUUAUGAGGUGGAUGACCCAAGCCAGCCCAACGAUGAAGGCAUCACUGCGCUGCACAACGCUGUCUGCGCGGGCCACACAGAGAUCGUCAGGUUCCUGGUACUGUUUGGUGUGAACGUAAAUGCAGCUGAUAGUGACGGAUGGACCCCACUGCACUGUGCUGCCUCCUGUAACAAUGUCCAGGUGUGUAAGUUUUUGGUGGAGUCCGGAGCCGCUGUGUUCGCCAUGACCUACAGUGAUAUGCAGACGGCUGCAGACAAGUGUGAGGAGAUGGAGGAGGGCUACACCCAGUGCUCUCAGUUUCUUUAUGGAGUUCAGGAGAAAAUGGGCAUAAUGAACAAAGGAGUCAUCUAUGCUCUUUGGGAUUAUGAACCUCAGAAUGGUGAUGAGCUGCCCAUGAAAGAAGGAGACUGUAUGACGAUCAUCCGCAGGGAAGACGAAGAUGAAAUCGAGUGGUGGUGGGCACGCCUUAAUGAGAAGGAGGGAUAUGUUCCACGCAAUUUACUGGGACUAUACCCAAGAAUUAAGCCAAGACAAAGGAGUUUGGCCUGAAACUACAGAAUUUUAGUUAAUGAAGAAUUUAAUCUCUGUUAUCACUAAGAAGUAAUAAGAUUAUUUUUGGCAGAAAUUUCACAAGACUUAUUUUAAUGACCAUGUAACUUGAAAACAAUGAAGAAUAUGCUCUGGAAGAGAAUGAAGGAUUGAAGAGUUCACAGCAGUGGAGGCAUUGAGCCCAAUGAAAUGUUGCUGAGCAGGUGGCAUUGGGGUAAAGGCGCCCAGGUACAUGUGGAGGUGAACUUGUUUUCCACAGUAAAUAGUACCAUUUAUUGGGCUACUGGGGAACAGCUCCCUGUCCUGCUUAGUUGGCAUUUUUCACAUUCUCCGUACCUGCCCUCCUACCAGAAAGGACCAGAGCCAUCGUGGCACCAUCUCUGAUGGUUUCCCAGCACCAGCAGGCCCUCCAGUGACCCACGUGGAGGUCCAGAGGGCCACACACUUGUGUAUUAUCAGAGAUGUUGGCUGUCUUGACUUUAUGAGUUCUUGUAGCAUCUUAAGAAUUACAUAUAUAUUUAAAAUACUGAAACCAAGCUACACUACAGGUAAUUAGACUUAGAGUCUUGUUUUUAGGCUGAAUUUGAAUCUAUAUUUAUUGUCUUUUGUAUCUUGGAAAUUACAGACUUGCUGUAGACUUACGUAUAAUACUUGUCAAGAUCAUAGCUGACUUUAAAAACAAUUAUAAUAAAAUUAAAAAUUUUGAUUCUAAACA